ACAAUCGCCUAAAACCACUUUCCAUACCACCUUUCUCACUUCAAUCUCGUGUAGCAAGUUUAAGAAUGCCGUCCUCGCGCAACGUAAUCCACGCCCGCACCGCGCCCCGCCCAAACGGCAACUACUCCCACGUCGUGCGCUCCGGCAGCACGCUGCACGUUGCUGGAUGGAUGGGUGACGAUCCCACGACGGAGGAUAUCGUCGAGGGCGGGAUCGAGGCGCAGACCGUCCAAGCGAUCAAAAACAUCAAUGCAUGCCUGGAGGCUGCGGGGAGUAGUUUGGAUAAGGUGGUUAGAAGGCGCAUAUACAUGAUCGAUAUCAAGGAAUUUCGCAAAGUGGAUGCUAUAUGGGGUGAGUGGUUCGAGGAGCCGUGGCCGGUCAGUACGUGUGUGCAGAUCAGCGGACUCGCGAAGGAGGGCGCGUUGGUGGAGUUGGAAGUUGUCGCUGAUGCGUAA